AUGUCGGGCUUCGACGGAUCUACCUCGUCGCCGGACACGGCCGACACGGGCACUGGCGCCUCUCCGCACCAGCCUGCCCCGGACCAGCCGAUGAUCCCGCGAAAGGGCAAACGUGAUCGUGUGGCCUUGGCGUGUCAAAGAUGCAAAACCAGGAAACAGAAAUGCGAUGGCCAUCGACCGGCGUGUGCCUCGUGCGCUCGCCUGUCGCUCAAGUGUGUUUACAUUGUGCCGUUGGUGCCUGCGGCAGGUGAAAAGAAGCUAUACAUCAAAGCACUUGAGCAGAGGAUAGCAGAACUCGAAUCAUACCUGGCAUCUGUAGGGCACAUGAGUGUAGGAACAGAUCAUCUACGCAGGCUCAGUCAAGCGGCGGCCGGCUCAUCAGCAUCUCCACCACAGCAGUCUCUGCCUCCGUCGCAACCUGAUCAGACAAUACGUCAGCCUUCCGAGGAUGAUGGUGACGAUAUACUACGUGCUGUGCGGGAUCUAUCACUGCAAGCCUCUGGCCACUACGUCGGUGCCAGCUCUCACAUCACGAUAGGUCGCGUGCUCAGUUCGGUGGUAAACAGCCAGCGACCACCGUUCGCCGUUAUAAACGAGGAGCAUCUAACACAGGGCGACGAAGACCCAGCACCAAAAUCUGUAUACUCAAACCAGCAUGGCGAGAUGAUCGGUGUGCCUUUCUUGACAGCUGCGGUCGCUACCAGAUUGAUUCAGGGGUGGUUCAGGCACAUCGCAACGCGCUAUCCUUGUUUGCAUUCGAGCAGGGUGAUGGAGUUGCAUCGCAACCGCGACAACCUCACCGAUGAUUAUGAGAAGACCAUCUUGCACCUUAUCUAUGCCGUCAGCGGUCGUUGGCUUGAGUCAGCGGGCGAGAUGGGCCAUUUCUUCAGCGACCAACACUAUGACCUCGCUUUCGAUGAGAUGGACUCCAUGCUGCAAUUACGAGACUCCCGCACGGUAGACUACCUCCUGCUUAUGGCAUUGUACUGCACCAGAGCCCCCAGAGACCCGGGCGCAUGGACAUACAUCGGAGCUGCGAUGCGGGUAUGCAUUGAGCUGGGACUACAUCGCAAACCUCGGAGACAGUCACCCAGUGUCGCCAAUGAGAUGAGUAAACGGCGCUUUUGGACGACAUAUUUCCUGGAUCGAGACAUUUCCAUUGCCAUCGGACGACCUCCGAGCAUUUCCGAUCACGAUAUCGACGUGGAACUGCCGCUCGACAUACCCGAGAACACUCUGGACGAUGCAUAUGUUCGCAAAGCCUCUCUCAACGUUCAAAAGACGCCCGUCAGCCCUGUGAACUCGAUGACGUCCUUUGUGCACCGCACGCGACUCAAGAUAAUUGAGUCGGAAAUACAACACACUGUGUAUCGCGUGGACCGGACCGACAAAGUCCCGGACGCGACGCUGAACACCUUUCUCGACCGUCUCAAUCACUGGAAGGACACGGUACCGUAUGAGGCACAGAGCUACGUCCACAGUCAUGACACGGCUUUUGAGGGCAUCGAGUUUUACACGAUUCACUACUACCGCUGUGUGCGAUUCUUGCUUUACCCUCAACUGGCGGAAAAUCCCGUCAACAUGCAUUACCUCAAGCUGUGCUCAGACGCAUGCGCGGGAAUCAUCUCGGACUACCGGCGGCUGCACCACAUUUUCCCUGUCGGCUUCUCGGCACUAUCAAUACAAUCUGUGUUCAUGGCAGGCCUCACGAUGAUAUACUGUGCCUGGCUGGCUCCGGUCAAUUUCUUGAGCGUCGAUGGCCCUCUGACAGACUGCCAACUCCUAUUGUACAUUGUCACAGAACGCUACCCUUCAGCUCGAAAAUAUAGGGAUGUGUUCGAGCGCAUAAAGACGACAAUCUCGACGCUGAUAGCGCAGGGCAAGCACGAGCCACGCAACCCUGUCCCACUUGACACGCAUAUGCAAACCGAGUUCCCCCAGAUGGCUGCUCCGCAAUGGGGCUCUGGCAUGAAUGCAGACUUAUCAUUCAUGAUCAAUACCAUGACAGGAAACACAACGGCAACCACACCUCCUUUCGAUAUGAGCAUUGACCCUACCGCCAGUGCGAUGAUGGGCCAUAGUAUGGAGCAGGCCGAUGAGAUGGCCUAUCACUGGGGUGCUGUUCCUACCAACCUCGGAACUGGGUUGGAUACGAUGUCUGGCACAUUCCACUGA